AUGGUUCUGUUUCGACCCAACUUCCAGCUGAUGUUGCUCAGCCUUAAUCUCGUCUUGCUACUGGCGCUCCAAGCAUCCCCUGCACUUGCCGACGGUCUGCAGGCCGACCACGGUCCCGCCCGCAUCAAUCCCGCAGCACGACGCCAUGCAGGUCGAGCCGGUCGCUUGUCCAAGCGAUUUCCUCCGCUCGCGGCUAGCCAUGCUCCCUUAGCCGUUAGGCGGGAUCGAGUUCACCAUGAGCCCAUCUACGGCUUAACACCUGCAGAGAUUGACGAAUUGCUGGCAGAGCAAGAAUUGGAAGAUUCCAUUUCCAAUGCUAACAGCACCACCUCGUCACGCCACCAUAGCCAUUCCAGAACCCGAUCCGCCUCAAAUUCGCAAGAGCCUACCAGCACCUCAUCGAUGCACACUUUCGCUUUCCCCACCAGCAAUUCGACAUCACACAACGCUACCUCGCUGUCUUCCACUCAUGCUCCUGCAUCCACAUCUGCAUCCACAUCUGCAUCUGCCACAUCCAUUGUUCCAUCGGCCACACGCUCAUCUCUGAGCCAGUCUUCGUCGAUCUCGACGGAUGGUAGCAAACCACCUUCGGCAUCGUCCUCUUCGACUCCCGAUGAUGGCGACCACGACGCUAGUACUUCGGCCAAUUCCGUCUCCAACAACAAUGAUGACGACGCUGGUGGGCUACUCGAUGGCCUUUUAACCCCGUCAUCCACAUCCUCGUCGAGCGCUAGCGCCGCCACCACUUCGAGCGAUAGUGCCACUGCCGACGGUGGUUUGUUGGACGGUCUCCUGGGCCCGUUGUUCACUUCUUCGUCUUCCUUAGCCUCAGCCUCUGCGACUGUCGACAGCCAGAAUGACUCGCCAUCCGCAACCACUUCUUCGCGCUCUCCGCUUGUUACUAGUUCAUCGUCUUUGAGCCAGCCAUCUGGCUCGUCGCACGAUUCGGACAGCCGCGACGACUCGACUUUUUCGAGUAAGCUCAGCCAGUCCACACAACCUGACUUUUACAGCUUCACUCCCCAGGCCACUCGUUCCGCGUCUCGCACUUCGACGACACUGCCGGUGACAGGGCUUUUACCCAGUUCCUUGCCGGUACUAGGUUCCUCUUCGUCAACUUCAGACUUUCCGUCAGCCACCCCUUCCCCGACGCCCUCACCAUCGCAUCGCAGCCCUGGCUCUGAUUCUAGCUCGAGUACAGCCUCGUCCGACGACCCUUCGAGCAGCAGCAGCAGCAGCAGCAGCAGCGAUGAUGACAGCGGCAGUCCCUCCACUGCUCCCUCGUCCUCAUGGACACACGUAAUUACUUCGACUGACGAUAGCGCUGGCUCGUCGACCGCGACGACACACGCGACCGCAACAAUGUACUUGACCUCGACGAUGCAUCCAACCGCCACCAUCACUACGGCUCCUUCAUCGAUAUCGCAGGAUACAUUUGCUGUUCCAACUAGCACCAUCUCCAAUGACCACGCAAGCUCUGAUAGCUCUGACCAAAGUUGGACACACGUAAUUACUUCGACUGACGAUAGCGCUGGCUCGUCGACCGCGACGACACACGCGACCGCAACAAUGUACUUGACCUCGACGAUGCAUCCAACCGCCACCAUCACUACGGCUCCUUCAUCGAUAUCGCAGGAUACAUUUGCUGUUCCAACUAGCACCAUCUCCAAUGACCACGCAAGCUCUGAUAGCUCUGACCAAAGUUGGACACACGUAAUUACUUCGACUGACGAUAGCGCUGGCUCGUCGACCGCGACGACACACGCGACCGCAACAAUGUACUUGACCUCGACGAUGCAUCCAACCGCCACCAUCACUACGGCUCCUUCAUCGAUAUCGCAGGAUACAUUUGCUGUUCCAACUAGCACCAUCUCUAAUGACCACGCAAGCUCUGAUAGCUCUGACCAAAGUUCAAGCAGCAUUGAUCAAGAAUCGUCAUCGUCGUCACUAUCGGGGUCUUCUACAGACGAUUCUAUCUCUGGCUCUUCUACGUCUUCCUCGUCGAGCAUCACCACCAACCCCUACUGGUACGCUAACACACAGUCUCUAAUAAUAGCGCCAAGCAGCACAUCGUCUGCCGAUCGACCAGCCGAGACGGGAUCGCAGAAUACAGCCGACAUCAAUGGAUCGACUACUUCAGCCUCGUUGGACACUUCUCCAAACGCUCCCGCUGCCCAAGACUUGCCUCUGACGAUCGUGCCCUCGGCUGACUCUUAUGAGCAGCCGCCCAACACCACCUCGAUCGGACUAUUGUUCAAGCCUGAUAUGAAGUGGACGUGGGUCAUCUCGCAGGCUGACUUGACGGCGCAAAUCUUUGCAUUCAUGCCCGGUCUCGUCGGGCAGUCGGCGGGCAUCGAGAGCUCCAAGGUCUCGACGGUCAAGCUGGUUGGCUACUCACCCGAAGUCAACGACACUGCCACCACGAGCACGCUGAGCACGGCUAGAACGCUGUACAUGGCGUACGUGCCUUCUUCGAGCGUGGACGACAUUCAGGCCAUGGUCUCCAACAUCUCGUCGCCGUUUUACACGUCGGCUGCCGCGGGAGCACCGCAGCAAUUGGCAAGUCAAGUGGACCCAACGUUCAACAUUCUUAGCGUUUCUGGUCAUGCUGCAGCCGGGGCCAAGCAGAAUGCCAAAACGAGCGCCGGUUCGGGCAAAGACGACUCGACGCUGCGCAACAGUCUGAUUGGUGUUGGCUGUGGAUUGGCCGGAUGCUUUGCUCUUGUGGCUGCUGGUCUUUUGUGGCGCAAGCAUCGCAAGGGCCAGAAUGACGACGGAGCGACUGGCAACCAUGGCGGAGUGUCACGUGCACACACCAUUCGCUCGUUUCACGGCGGACUGCGCGAGACGUGGGCACCGGAUGCGCUCGAUCAGCACCGAGCUCUGGACACGGCUGGCGAGAUGCAACAAGUCUGGUUGCCUCACGAGGUGGGAAUGGCGAUGGGUUACCCUGAGCAGGUCAUGCAAGGACGCGAGGAUGGCUUUGGUGGCUAUGUGACGUCCGACCCCUUUGACGAUGCGCGCGCCGGCGCCGGCGCUGGUGUUGGUGGCGUAGGUGGCUACGUGAACAUGAACCGCUCGAGCCGUAUGACGGAGCGGUCCAGCUACUCGGAUUUGAGUCAGAUGACGGAAGCGCAGCGUAUUCAGUACGACUACGCGUCGUCGCGUCGCUCGUUCCAUUCGACAUCGGAUCACUCGGGAUCGCACGGCUCUCACAGCGAGCAGAGUGAGCACAGCGCGCACAGCGCUAGCUCGACAGAUAUGCUGUCGACUUAUCAAGACGACUAUCGCGUUCCUCACCAGCACACGAGCAGCCACGCGUUUGGUAACAGUUCAAACAACACAAGGUCACGUCGUCGUGGCAGCGUCGCCAGCUCGACAAUUGGUCGUCCCGAGAUGAUGAGCAACUCGGUUCUCCUUUAA